AAAUCACUACAAAUAUUGGUAAUAACAAUAAAUAUAUUUAUUGGGGUGGGGAGGAAGGAACAAAAAGGACAAAAAGUCAAAAACAUAAUAAUAGGCCGGUAGUAGUACCCAUAACCCAAUACUAGUCUAGUCGUCGUCUGGCGAAUCUCCAAUCUUACGGCCGUUGAUGAAACAGCCGCUGCCAAAGUACAAACCCAGACUCCCUCCCCCAAAAUCCCCCAUUUGAUCGCAGAAACCCCCCAAAAAACCUUCCACCUCCACCCCUCUCAGAUUCUCCGACCUACCCAUCUCUCUUUUCGCCGUCCGCCAUUGUUUCUCCCGAUUGCCCGAGACGGCCGCUCCUCCGUCAAUCGGUCAUUCCUUCCGUUUCCUCAGCUUCAAUUUUGCGGCUUUUCCUCCCACAAAGUCAAGACAGCAGACUGAAAUUGAACUGGCGUUGGUGGUGAUGAUACGAUAAUCAGCUGCCUCUCUCUUUGUGUCCUCUUUCUAGGGCUUUCCGGAGAUUGUUUUGAGUGGGCAUGCAAGUAUACCUCCGGAGACCAGAAUCAUAGGUGUUGGGAAAUGGGUCCUCUUGACAUUAAUAUACUUGUUCUUUGAGGAGAAUAAGUAAAGAGUUUGUAAGGUGUGCUAUGGCUCGCAAAGGUAGUCAACAGAAGAAUGGAAUACCGAACCAUAAGAAAAAAAUCUCAGACUCAGAGUUGAAAGGACAAGGUAAAGCCAGUCAGGCAAAGGUUCUCCCAGGAGAUGAUCUGAUAACUGGUGUUCCGCCAACUAUUCCUGUUACAGAUGCUACUAGGGAAACCGUGCAUGUUGGAGAUGAGAACAGAGUCAAGCACCAAAAGUAUGGGAAGUCUCAGAACAAAGAGAAGCAAGGAACAGAUGGGAUUUAUAAUGUAGAAGAAUCAGUAUCAUGUGAUAGUAAUUUGAGCGAUCCCAUUAAUCCUUCUCCGGAAAGUACCGGGUUGAGAGAAGAACAUGGACAAGGAACUGGUAGUGUAAGUGGUCCUACCAACUGGACGAGCAACUCAGGCUACUUGAUGGAUCAGUUUCAUGUUAGAAAUUUCAUGGAAAAUGUGAAUGUUUCCGGAGAUGUAGCUUUUAGAAACUUGAGAGCAACAUCUUUGUCCAUGUUGAAGGCAGCAGGUGAGUGGAUUGAGAAGCAGAGGCCAUUGCUUGUUAUCCUCACUUCCUACCUAUGCAAUGCUCGUGAUUAUGCUAAACAGAAGUUUGAGCUAGCUUAUCCCUUCGUUUUGAAAUGGCUCUGGCAUCUUGGGAAUAUAGUCCUCUUUUUAUCAAUGGUUUGGUUGGAUUUCACUCUAAGAGGAGUAGGUUCCUUUCUACGCAUGGGAACAACAUCAUUUUUCUCACUUAUAUGGUGCAGCAUUCUAUCAAUUGCUGCCAUGGUUGGGAUAUUCAAGUUCCUUAUUGUCCUGGUCAUAGCUGCUGCUGUUGGAGUUUUAAUAGGUUUUACCCUUGGGAUUUUAGUAGUUGCUAUUUCUGCUACUAUUUUCCUAUGGUGUUAUGGAAGCUUUUGGACAACAGCAUGCAUUACAGCAAUAUCUGGAUUGGCAUUCAUAUCAAGCCAUGAAAGUCUUGCUUUACUAAUCGCCACUGUUUACUCGGUGUACUGUGCAUGGGGAUAUGUUGGAUGGCUUGGUUUACUUUUGGCAUUGAAUUUGGCUUUUAUCUCAAGUGACAUUUUGGUUUACUUCCUAAAGAAUAAUGUGAACCAGCAUAGAAGCUCUGAUGGAUCAUCUGAGAAUUCAGCUGGACCAGAAGGUCAACCCAACUUCUCAACUGGUGAAUCUUUCCCACAUGGAUUCCCGGAAUCUAUGCCUGGGGUGUCUGUAGACCGUAGCCCUGGUGUGGCGUCAACCAGUGGAGCGGACUCAGAUUUAAGUUCUGAAGAUGAGGUUAUCCGGUUGUUGAACUGUGCUGAUCACUAUUCCGUGUUGGGACUGGGCCGCUAUGAGCCUGUAGAUGUUACUCUACUGAAGAGGGAAUAUAGGAAAAAGGCGAUGUUGGUUCAUCCUGACAAGAACAUGGGCAAUGAUAAGGCAGCAGAAGCCUUUAAAAAACUUCAAAACGCAUAUGAGGUAUUACUUGAUUCCUCAAAGCAAAAAGCAUACGAUGACGAUUUGCGGAGGGAAGAAUUGUUAAACUAUUUCCGCCGUUUUCAUAGCAACUCCCAAAAGAAUGGAAUACAUGGUCCCUUCCCACCUGGAUUCACACAUCCAGAAGCUGAUGGAGAUCCUUUUGGUGAUUCAAGACGAAUAGCCUGCAAAAAGUGUGGCAACUUCCAUAUCUGGGUCCAUACUGGGAAACAAAAAUCUCGUGCAAGAUGGUGUCAGGAAUGCAAAGAUUUGCAUCCAGCAAAAGAUGGAGAUGGAUGGGUUGAGCAGUCUACACAACCAUUCUUAUUUGGGUUACUACAGAAGGUGGAACCCCCUUGUGCUUAUGUUUGUGCAGAUAGCAAGAUAUACAAUGCCACCGAAUGGUAUAAUUGUCAGGGAAUGAGAUGUCCAGUCAAUACCCACAAACCUAGUUUCCAUGUGAAUACUAGUCUUACCUCCAAACACCCAAAUCCCAACAAGGGUCCAACAAGCACGGCCGCUAAAGGCCCCCGGGUGCCUCCUCCACCUCGACCAUCGCCUAACUUGGAAGAAACAAUGACGGAGGAAGAGUUCUUCGAGUGGUUUCAGAAUGCCGUGCAGUCUGGGAUGUUUGAGAACUUCGGCGGUACUUCUGCCGCCGAGACCCCAUCCUCUUCCAAGGCAGCUGGUGGAAGUGGUAGUGGGGGUAACAGUAGGAAGAAGAAAGGAGGGAGAAGCAAUGGUAAGAGAAGGUGAAUGAAUGAUGGUAAGUAGGGGGUGAUCGUUUACUUGUUGGUAAGCCCUUUCUUCUUGUUACCAUGUUGUGGCCAAGGGCACGAGAACAGAGAUAGAUAGAGAGAGGGCUGUUGUAAGAAGUGGCUUUCAUUUAGCGAUUGCCCGCAGUUAGUGCGCUUAAUGCGAGAUGAAGGCUGAAGGAGGAGGAAACUUGGCCUGCUUGAUUUUUGGGCUGGUAAGACAGCGGCUUAUGCGUGUAACUGUAAUCUCGAGGGGCCGAGGAGUAAGAUGGAAAGAGUAGUUUAAGAGAUUGCUAGUUCCAACUUUCAUCUCAUAGUCAUUUUUCUUUGUACUAAAGCUUGUUUUGCUUGUUGCCUUCCCUUUCGCCUUUAUUUUUGACGGCCUAUUCCCCAGCUCCGCCAACACAACCACCACUACUGCCAUUGUCGAAUGUGAUCAUUAUAGCUCUCGAUACUUCGAAUGAUACGAUCCGUAUUGACAUAUUAACUCGGCAUAGCUUGCUAUUCGUAUUUUACUAUUACUUGACAAGUCUUAAUCAUGUUGGCUCUAGAUUCUACUAGUGACAAAUUGUAGCACACCAUUUGCUAGAUGGAUAAAUUGUUACUAAUG